AAUCACAGAGCACCUACCCAGCGUGAAACUUUGUCAUAUAUUUAAUUAGUGUCGUAUUUCGUAAAUAUUUAUAUAUCAAAUAAUUAAUGAACGCUUUAUUUUAUAUCAGAUACACAGAAAAUAUCAGCGUGUUUGUAAGACACCAUCUGUGCUUGAACGAUUUUACUGUUUUGUGUGAGCUGUCAAACUAAAAUUUUGCUUGGUGUUACUUUGUCAUCAUCUGAGUCAGAAGGUGCUGACUGUGACAUAUGUGUAAUAUUUGUUCUGCGUAGACAUCAUGCUUUUCAAAUAAGUAUAACUAAGAUACACGUAAAGGAAUUGAUACUUUAUAGCAAAUAAUUAUGGCAUUGGCCAUGCAUGGUGGUGAUUCAUCACUGUUUGCUGAAAUUCGGGACCCUGGAGCCCGUGUUCGCAAGCUUUGCGAUUAUGCAUGUCAGGUUGAUGUGGAUACUGCAAUCCCACCAAAGCGCUACCUCAGAUCUGGACUGGAGAUGAUUCGCAUGGCAAAAGUCUAUGAAGAGGAGGGUAAUAUAGAAAGUGCAUUUGUCCUCUACACAAAGUUCAUAUCAUUGUUUGUUGAAAAGCUUCCAAAACAUCCAGACUUCAAAAGUGCACCACCAACAGAUAUCGCUGCUGUUCGUCAGAAAGUGAAAUCAGCUUUUCCUGUUGCUGAACAAAUUAAGGGAAAACUUACAAAGAAAUAUGCAGAAAUUGAACGGAAACGUCAAGCAGAAGAGCGGAAAAUCCAAGAAGAGUUGGAGAGACAGCAGGACAAGAUCCGUCAGGAGGAGGAGCUGAGACGCCGGCAAAAAGAGGAAGAAGAAAACUGCCUUCGUCUUGCUUCUGAAGCAAAAUGGAUGCAAGAACAGGAACAAAGACUGCUGGAGCUUAAGGAGCAAGAGAUGAUGAAAAAUAUUGACUCACAGUCCCAGAUUCAUGAUCCAACUGUGUCCAACAAUGCUGACAAAACAGCACUCAACAAUCAGAACACCAAGCCAAGUGCACAACAUGGAUCCCUUGGUUUGGCAUUCAUUCCCAACAACCUUGAUGAUGGUCGACCUAAAAUUGAGAAGAACCUUUUGAAUGACCCAUCAAGAAUUUCUUCCAGCGUACCAAAUAUACCAGACAGAGAAUUGAAGAAAAACCUAGUCAUAAGUGAUUCAGAUUCACGUUUAGGGCCUCCUGGAAUUGACAGGACAUGUAAGCCAGCGUUUGACCACUUCACCAGUAUAGGGGUGCCAGGCCAUAACAAGGGAGGUCUAAGAGAUGUUUGCAUCCCUUCAGACUUGGUCAGAAAAUUUUUAGGUGUGGCUGACCACAACACAAUGAAAAACAUUGAAACAUGUGGAAUAUUAGCAGGAAAACUAUCCAAGAACGCGUUUUACAUAUCACAUGUGCUGAUUCCGAAGCAGGCAGGAACGUCAGACUCCUGUGUGGCAGAAGAUGAAGAAGAUAUCCUGAUGUACCAGGACCCACGUGACCUCAUUACCCUUGGCUGGAUACAUACCCAUCCAUCACAGACAGCUUUCCUAUCAAGUGUUGAUAUGCACAACCAGUACGGUUACCAAGCCAUGCUGCCUGAGGCCAUAGCCAUUGUUUGUGCACCCAAGUACAACGAAACUGGGAUAUUUACCCUGACCCAGGACACUGGUAUGCCCGAUAUUGGCAGUUGUAGGGAACGAGGAUUCCAUGACCAUCGUAAAACACCUCCUUUAUUUGAGAGCUGUAGUAAUGUGAAGAUGCUGGACGAGAUGAGGAUAGAGAUGGUAGAUUUAAGAAAAUGAGAGUGCUGGAGGGAAAAAUUGACAUAUGCAGUACUGACAAGGUUAUGUGGCAUGUAAGAGGAUGAUCACAUGUUGGUGCUGAGUGUAUUAUCAUGACAGGUGGAGGAAUUCUCCCUACAGAGCCUAGAUACCCUUAUGUGUCGUCUAUCUCAAAGGUCAGCUGGAAGAAUUCUCCAUACAGAGCCUGGAUACUCUGAUAUGUGGUCUGUCCAACUGGUCAAUUGAAGGAAUUCUCCUUACAGAGCCUGGAUAUCGUAAUGUGUGUCUAUCUCACUAGCUAGCUUCAGGAAUUCUCCUUACAGAGCCUGGAUACUCUAAUAUGUGGUCUAUAUCACUGUUCAGCUGGAGGAAUUCUCCAUACAGAGCCUGGUACUCAGCUGGAGUAUUUCUUCAUACAGCGCCUGGAUACUCUAAUGUGUGGUCUAUCUCACUGGUCAGGUGGAGUAUUUCUUCAUACUGAGUCUGGAUAAUCUAAUGUGUGGUCUAUCUCACUGGUCAGAUGGAAUAUUUCUUCAUACUGAGUCUGGAUACUCUAAUGUGUGGUCUAUCUCACUGGUCAGGUGGAGUAUUUCUUCAUACAGAGUCUGGAUACUAUAAUGUGGUCUAUAUCACUAGUCAGCUGGAGGGAGCUGGAGGAAUUCUCCAUACAGAGCCUGGGCACUCUAAUGUGUGGUCAAUCUCACUGGUCAGGUGGAGGAAUUCUUCAUACAGAGUCUGGAUAUUCUAAUAUAUGGUCAAUCUCACUAAUCAGGUGGAGUAUUUCUUUACACAAAGCCUGUUUACUCUGUGUAGUUUAUCUCACUAAUGAGGUGGUUGAAUUCUCAGUACAUAGUCUGGAUACUCUGCUAUAUGGCCUGUUUCACUAUUGAACUUUUAUGUAACACAGAACUUGUAUAAAACUACUUGCAUAGACCCUAGUAUACCAGGUAUAUCUAUAAAACUAACCUCUAAUAGGUUACCUAUCUUUUCCAAACUGAAAACUGGAAUUGAUUUCCUAUUCGGGGUAUGACAGGAAAAUAUCCAUCUAAGCUUGUUUAGUUGAGGCUGGAUGCUUGAUAUUUAUAAAUAUUUCUGCCAGGUAAUAUUCCCAAAAUAGAGCCUGAUUAUUUUUCUUCAUGACAUUGCAUCAUUAUAUUUAGAAAAGAUUUACACUUGUUGUUACUCUAGGUGUGUUAAAGGAAAUAAUGACCAGGCAGUAUGUUGGACAUAUUUGUGAGGUGCACAAAGUCACAUAGGGUUUUCCAACCGAGUUUAAUGUUAAGAACGAAUUCAUUAUGUAUAUAUUACUCAGACUUUAAUAUUUACUGGUUGUAUUGCAAAUGUAGCUAUGUAGUCACUGUUUAAGACUUUUCUCUGACUUAAUUUUAUUGAAGUGCUGUGAUAGAAAUGACAGCUGAAAUUUUUGCUUCACAGAAAUUUCGCUAGUCUUGCUAAAUCUUUGACAUGAAAGCUGGAAGCUUUAUUUGUGUUAUUGUUUAAGUGUCUUUAAUGAUAUCCAAGCAGAUAUACAUGAAUUUACAUUGAUCCUGCCUAAUGCUAAUGGUGAUGUUAAAUACAGAAAGCCAAAUAUCUCAACUACACUUAAAUGAGACAUGCAAAGCCCUUCACACUGUUAAUGUACUGUUUUGUGUUUGUCGGUAAUGAAAUUACAUUUUUGGUGUUGUUUGUAAGUAUAUGUCAUCCAAUCUUUUAUCUUGACAUUCUGUUGUGAAUUUUAAGUGUAUGAGUACGCAAGGUGAACUCCUCCAUUUUAUUGAACAGAUUUUGGUUGAGAACCAUAUGUCAAAUGAAGGUUAAAUCCAGCAUUAUUAAAUAAGCACUGACAACCUAUUUAUUAAUACCUAUUUUCUCCUUUAUCCAAAACUCAUGCACCACUUCCCUCAUGAUAAGCUUCCUUUGGGUGAAAAUGAAAGGGUAAAUAAUAUUUAGAAUGUAUACUGAUCUCUGAAGUUGGUUGAAAUAAGGGACUGUAUACAGACUUGUACAUGGUUACUAGUAUGCUGAUUGAGUUUUCAUUUAAAACAUUUGUUUUACUAGUCAUUCACCAUAACAGAAAUUCAAUAUAAAUAAUUUAACAUGUUCUUAUGGAAACAGUUGUCAAAUUUGUCUGCCAAUGCAACACACUGGGCAUUUUAUUAUCAAAAUCAAAUUUUUGCUUUUCGUUUCUUCAUUAUACUAAGUAGAGUAUACAAGAACUUGUUUUGUGAAGUGCUUGUCAGAAUCAUGUGGCCACUAUUUCUGUGAUCAGAAGACCAUGCUUAUGGUAAUUAAAAACACAUUUCUAUGAAAGGCUUCGUCAUUUUAUGUGUUGUGUCAAAUAAUUCAACAUUACUACCAUAGAAACAUGAUCUGAAUGUUAUGUAUUGACUUUUUCAUACUAAGUGGCUAAACAUUCAAUUAGCAAACUUUUUUCUGGCUUUUCUUAGUGAUAUUAAAAAGGCUUAUAUCUUUCAAACACAUUUUCUUAUUGUGCAAUGAAAUUGGCUCAUUCAGACUUGCAUUUUAGAAUGUAUUACAAAUUUUAGCAGUAUGGUAAUUUUUAACUGGAAUUGUUUACAAUUAGUAAUGUGAGAUUUUUUAGGUCAUCUGAGACAAAGUCUCAUGGUGACCUUUGGAUUGCCUUUGUUCGGCAUCGCGCAUCAUAAACUUUUUAAACAUUUUUGACUUCUCAAAAAUUCUUGAACCAAUAUAAUACAAACCUUCCAUGGCCAAGAUGCACCAAAAUUGUAAAUCAAGAAGAAUGACAACAUUGUAACUUGGGUGACCGUUAAAACCCAUGGGCCUUUAAUUUAAAUAGAAAUGUAAGAAUUGAUUGUUAUAAUGCUUUAUUUCUUCUGUGAUAUGAGGUGUGUUUUAUUAUAGAGGAUGAUAGAUUUACAUAAUACUUUCCACAUCCUCAUGACACAAAUGUAUCAUAAUGCCAGGACAUAGAUGAAUUUAUUCUAAUAGUUUGAUUGUCAUUGUAGACCUUAGAAAAUAGAUAAGUAGAAAAGUCAAACACUAGAAAAAGGAAAGAUACACUAAAUGAAUAUUAAUUUGAUGUAAUAAAGUUGUUGAUUA